UCUCAAGAAAAGCAACAGCCGUAUAUUUAUGCUGCAGCUUUUACAUUAUUAACUGCUCUUUGCAGAAGGUCCUCCUUUUUCACCAGAGUCAUUUGAUCGAAUUCUUCUUGAUGCUCCCUGUAGUGGGAUGGGACAAAGACCAAACAUGGCUUAUUCUUGGACUCUAAAAGAAAUGACAUCUUACCAGCCCUUGCAGCGCAAGCUUUUCACUGUGGCAGUGAAAUUGCUGAAGCCAGGAGGUGUUUUAGUAUAUAGUACAUGCACUAUUACCCUUUCUGAAAAUGAGGAGCAAGUUGCUUGGGCUCUGGAAACUUUUCCAUGCCUCCAGCUUCAGCCACAGGAACCUCAUAUUGGAGGAGAAGGCAUGAGGGGAGCUGGGUUGUCGCUUGCUCAGCUGAAGCUGCUGCAGAGAGUCGAUCCAUCUGCUGUGACUUUGCAGGAAAUGGACAUUACUUCUUUGCAAGAUUCCAGGGAAGAUGAUUUGGUUUCACUGGCAAAUAAGGACUGUAUAGGAUUUUUUAUUGCAAAAUUUAUUAAAUUGAGUAGUAAAUAACCAUUUAGCAAUACAACCUGAAAAAACCCCCGUUUGCGAGGCCGA